AUGUGGAGCCAGUCUGCAGGAGCCAUUCCACCUUCAUGGAUGGUUUCUCUGAUUUCUUUCACCACCUGAAAUCCUAUGAUUCUUGACAGACAUUCUUGAAUGAAGGAGAAGAGAAUGAGCAACUGGACUGCCAAGAAGUGCAGGAGGAAAUUAAGAACUAUCUCCCUGUUCUGAUGUGAUUCCUUUCUGCUUCUGGGCUGACACCAGCCACUAGGCAAAAUGGCCUCUCAUAAACGCAGCUUUCAGUGCUUUGAUGCCAUUGUGGACAACUACCCUCAGAAACCGUCUUUUCCUAUUGGGCAUCGCUUUGCUACGCCUCAGAAAAGCUCUCAUAACUCGACUCGCUUGGAGCCGCUGGAAGAUCAUGGAUGCUACCUGUGUGCAGACCACCAGCAGGCCAAGCCAUCGACCUCAGAGGCCUCAGGGACUCAGUCUACUCCAUGGUACCAGCCCCAAACCCACCAGCAUCAGCAUUCACUCAGGAGGCCCACAAGACCAGAUGGAGAGCCUGCUGAGGGUGCGACACUUGAACAGCACCACCACCACCACCACCACAGGCACUCCAAGAGAAUUGUGCUUGUGAAGAAUAGUGAUCCAUCCAUUCAGAGGACCAUUGUGCUCCACCGCAGGACUGUGCGCAGCCUUGGAGUCUUUUUGGAUGAUGUAUCUGACCUUAUGCAGUGUCUCAUCAGGAAGCUGUUCACACUGGAAGGCCGCAAGAUUGACAGCAUUCAGAGUCUCCUACAGUGCCCCAGUAUCUUGGUUUGUGUGGGCCGUGAACCUUUCCACCCACUGUUAUUGAACAGCUUCCGGAAAAAUUCUGAUGAUAAACUUCCAAAGCUUGUCUUAAAGUCACGCUCCAGUGCUUGCAAUGAGGAACAAGGAUGUAAAAGUGUCAACUUUGGACUUGAAACCAAGAAAAGCAUCAUCCAUCCAAGAUCACACUCAAAUGACAAGUCAGCCCGACUCAGCAUGUCAUCGGAAAAGUCAUUUCCACAUGUUCUUAACUCUGUUCCGCCAGGUCAAACAGGUUCUUAUUCUCAAACAAGAGAAAGUAUGAUGGAUGAUGACAUUGAAAAGCGAGUACUUGUCAAUAAGGAUGGUAGCUUGUCAAUGGAGAUGAAAGUGCGAUUUCGACUGUUAAAUGAUGAGACACUGCACUGGUCCACAGAGAUUAAGAAGUCAUCAGGCUCAGUUAAUGAAUCCUUCAUGGAAUACAAUGAUGACUACUACCUCCAACACAGCAACAGUGAGAGUUGCUCCGAGGCAGAGUCCCUUUCUGCUGGUGAUGUUGAUAAUGCCAAACUUCACCAAAAGCAUUUGGAGGAACCUCACUGCCAGCACUGUUGUACUUACUGCCAAGAGUAUGAUAUCUGGAAAAAUCCAGUCCCUGGUGAACAAGGACCUGUGCAACACAUCAGAUCAUCUAGUUCGAGCACAUCCUCACACAAAAUUGUAUGCAAAAAGGCAUCAGUUGAUAGCGUGCACACUAUGUCUAGUGAGGAAUAUACAGAGCAAGUAGUAGAAAAGGCAACUUGCAUUCAGCAGACUGUUGGGGAGGAAGGUGAAACCACAGUUGAAUACUGCACCAUCAGUCGUUGCUGCAGUCGCAGUGAAUUAUGUUCAGUGUCUGCAAAGAAGGCUUACACUGAAGAGAAAUAUGAAAAAGGGGAGAGUAGCCAGGUAUUAAUCAACAAUGAGAAAAAAACUGAGGGUGAAUCCUCUGUUCCUCUUAAAGAUGUACAAAAAGAUCAUGCGAGUGUCCAAAUUACCGAGAUUGUCCACGAAGGAGAGAGACCUGUUUCUGUUGAAAGCAAUUCCUCACAAGUUUUGGCAUCCCUAAAAGAGGAUCAGGAUGAAGAGGAAACAGAUCUUCCUCCAAGUUACUCAAGAGCAUCCCAGAGUAAGAAUCAAGAUGAAGAUGAAGAAACCAGAGAUGUGGCUUUAAGCCCACAUUCUGUCACAUCCUGUAAGUCACCUAUAUCUCCAAAACAUCACUUAUCACCUAGGCCACCAAGUAAAGGUUCAGGUUGCUCCGUGAAAUCAAGAUCCAGAAAAUAUCAGAAAUCGAAAGAUGUGGUCGUGCCUGUAGAAAAACAGGCAACUGAAAGCAAUAUAUCAAAUACAAACAAUCAACCAGAGGAGAAUGUCCUAAAUGAAACUGAUAUUCAAGAUGAAGAGAGAGCUCUAAGCUCAACGUCAAUGAUAUCAAAACCAGAUAAUGAUACUGAAGAUAAUACAGCAGGACCUGCAGAGACAAACCAAAAGGAACGAUCAUCAAGUGCCAUGUCCAUUAAAUCAAGUAAAUCCAAUGUUAAUGUUGUAGCUGAAGAAGAACACACUGAUGUCAAAGACAACACUGAGGAGAGAACAACAAGUGCCAUGUCAUCUAAUUCAAACAUCUCUGCAAGAUCAAGACAGUCCAAACUCUCAGAAGUAGCACCAAAUGAAACAAAGGAAGCUGAACUACAGAUAGAACAAAGAAACCAAAGUGCCAUGUCUAACACCUCUACAAAAUCAAGACGAUCAAGAGUUUCAGAAGUGGCAGCUGAUGAAUUUAUUGAGGUAGAAGACGAAAUAGCAGAGAGAGUUCCAAGUGCAAUGUCAACAGUAUCUGUUCGAUCCAAUUCAUCUAGAAUAUCAGAACCAGAGUUCUCUGAUUUGAAAGAAGAGGAUAACCAAAUAGAGGACAGAUCUCCUAGUAAAAUGUCUGUCAAGUGUAAUGUCUCUGCACAUUCAAAGAAAUCUAAUUUUUCAGAAGUAUCUUCUGUAAAACACCAAACGAUGGAGACACAAGAAAGGGUACCAAGCACUACAUCAACCAAGUCCAAUGUAUCAGCAACAUCAAAAAAAUCAAAGAUAUCACAGGGAACAGCUGCAGACACUGUGGAAACAGGUGACAGAGGGUUAGAGGAGCGUGUACCGAGUGCCAUGUCUACUAAAUCAAAUACGUCUGAGAGAUCAAAUAUUUCCAACAUUUCAGAAGCGGUUCCUGCAGUGACUUGUGAAGAUUCAGAGGAACAUUCUAGAACACCAAUCAUUCUUUCAGAGGUGGACUCACAUAACAGUGAAGCAGGAGGAGAGGCGUCAGAGGAACGAGCUCCAAGUGCAAGGUCUAUCAAGUCAAAUGCAUCUGCAAAGUCAAAUAAAUCUAAAGUUUCAUCAAUAGCCCCUGAAGAAGCAGAUGGAAUGGAGGAAGAUUUAGAGAAAAGAGCAUCAAGUGCUAUGUCUUCUAAGUCAGCUGCAUCUUUAAGAUCAGAGAAAUACAAAAAGACAGUCUCAAAGUGUAAAAACACUGAGGAAGAGACAGAGAAACUACAAGACAGACCUCCUAGUGUUCUAUCUUCUAAAUCCCAUGUGUCUGAAAGAUCUAAGAAGUCUAAAAGUUCAAAGACUGCAGCAGAUGAAUCAGCAGACUUUGAAGACAAGUCAGAAGAACGAGCUCCCAGUGCUCUGUCUACAAAAUCAAACACCUCUACAAAAACAAACAAGUCAAGAAUAUCAGAAUGUGUUGCUGAUAUUGCUGAUGAAGAAGCUGCAGAACGAUCUAAAAGUGCAAUGUCCUCUAUAUCUAAUGUUUCUACAAAAUCCAAAAAGUCAAAAAUUUCUGUUUUGACCACUGAAGAAUGUGCAGGAUUAGAGAGUCAAACCGAAGAACGACCCCUAAGCACACUGUCGGUUAAAUCUUACACUUCAGAAAAGUCUACAAAAUCAAAAGUUUCGGAAAUCAUGAACAAUGAUUGUGAUGAUACAGCGGAACGGUCUCCAAGUGCUAUGACAUCAAAAUCCAAUGUCUCUGAAAAAUCAGUGCAAUCUAAGGGCUCAGAAUUAGCACAGGAUGACUCUAAUGAUGCUGACAUAGACGAACAAACAGAGCAACGUGCAUCAAGCGCAAUGUCAGCUAAAUCUAACAUUUCAGGAAGGUCUAAAAAGUCAAACAUUUCUAUUGUUGAAACAAGUGAAACAAGCAUUUUUGCAGAACAGAAAGAUUCAAAUGCUAUGCCUGAAAAAUCAAAUCACUCUGUGACUUCAAAAAACGGAAGUGAUGAAGAGAAGGUGGAGAGAGUGACAAGUGCUUUGUCAACAAAAUCUGAUGUAUCUGUGAAGUCUAACAAAUCAAAAGUGUCAGAUCUUACUUCAGAAAAACCUGAACAUUUAGACAAAGGUGACGGGGAAAGAGCACCAAGUGGUUUGUCUUCUAAAUCCGAUAUUUCAAUAAGAUCUAACAGUUCAAAAGUUUCAACCUGUGAGCCUACAGAUGCGGAACAUCACAUAGAGGAGAGAGGUCAAAGUACAAAAUCAGCUAAAUCAAACACAUUGGUACUAUCUAAGCCAACUGUUUCACAAAAUGCUGCUACAAAACUUGGGAAAACAAAUAAAAGGGAAAAGGUGGGAAAACCCUCAAGUGCAAUGUCUGCCAAAUCCAGUGUUUCUGAAAAAUCCAAAACUGCUGAAGCAAAAACUGAUUCACCAGCAGAGGUAAAUGAGCAUCUUGAAGAGAGACCAGCAAGUGCUGUAUCUGCAAAGUCCAAUACCUCUGUGAAAUCUAAGAAACCAACAGUUUCUGAUGCACAGUGUGAAAAUGUGGAUGCAACAUGUCAUACCGAUGAAAGAUCACACAGUGCAGUGUCAAUAAGAACCAAUGCUUCUGGAAGAUCUAGAAUAUCAAAUGCGUCAGAGGCUCCUGGACAAGACGUUGCUGAUGAAGAUAAGGAAGAAAGGACACUGAGUGCCAUGUCUUGUAAAUCCACUGUUUCAACUACAUCUAACAAAUCAAAGGUUUUAGAUAUAGUGAUUUGUGAGCCUGUAGAGAGAGAGCAUGAUAUAGAAGAGAGAUCUCAAAGCACAACAUCAGCUAAGUCAUAUGUUUCUACAAAAUCCAAGAUUUCAGAAGCUUCAGAAGAAGCACUUCAGAAAACUGAAAACAUAGAUGAAGAAGGAAAAGAGGACAAGGGUGCAAGUGCAACAUCUCCAUGUUCUUUGUCAGCAAGAUCUAAUGUUUCUACAAGAACUAAAAACUCAGAAACCGGGCCUGAAGAUCCUGAGGAAGAGGAUGAAGCAAAGAGCAAAAGAGCUUCAAGUGCAGCAUCACUCAAAUCAAACAUAUCUGCAAAGUCUAAAAUGUCUGAAUCCUCAGAAAUUGUGCCCAAGGAUUCUGCAGAUAUAGAUCAGACUGCAACAAGAACUCCAAGUGUACUGUCAGCAAAAUCAAAUACCUCUAUAAGAUCCAAGACAUCUAGAGGUUCAGGCAUGAGUUUUAAAACAAAAGAUGAGGAAACAGUUGAGAGAUCCCCAAGCGCAAUGUCUGCUAAAUCUAGCAGUUCAGUCACAUCGGGUAGGUCAAAACAGGAAGAGCAUUUAGAGGAAAGAACUCCAAGUAAUCUUUCAAUUAAAUCUGGCACCUCUACCAAACAUGAAAAAUUGAAUAUUUCCAUCCAAACAGACAAUUCUGCAAACAUUGCCUCUGCUUUAUCUGAAGAGACUAAAGAGAAUAUGAAGACAGAAAAAAGAGCACCAAGUCCCAUGUCUCCUAAAUCUAAUGUGUCCUCCAGAUCAUCUAUAUCAAAGAGUCCAGCUUUGGCUGUUGAGCAGACCACUGAAUCUCAAGAUCUGAAUCAGAGCACUGCUAGUGUAACGUCAAAAGGAUCUGUAAAAUCUAAAAAAUCACAAAAUUCACAGAAGACAGUUGAUAAAUCUGCACAAAAAGAGAAUAAUGACAGGAAUCCUAGUGUCCUAUCAAUUCAUUCAAACACUUCUGCAAUAUUUAAAAACGAAAAUGAAGAUGAGCUGCAUGUAGAAAGAUCAGUAAGUCCUGCAUCUGCCAAAUCUAACUCUUCUGCAAAGUGUAAAAAAUCUGGAGCAUCAAUGAUUCAGGCUGGGGGUGGUAUUCAGAUAGAGGAAGAGUUCAAUCGAGCUACAAGUGAGCUCUCGGCUAAGUCAAGUAUCUCCACAAAGUCAAAAAAGUUCAAAGUUGAAGAAGAGAAGGAAAAUGGUAGUAACCCUGAAAGGGCAGAAAUUGGUGACAAGAGAGUGAAAAGUGCUUUGUCAGACCAUUCGAAGGCACCAAGCUCUGUUAAAUGCGUCUGUGAUGGCUCAAAUAAACCACAGCCUCCAACAGAAACAUCUACAAAUGAAGCUGACAAUGAGGAGAGGUCUGCCAGUGCUUUGUCUAAAAAAUCUGCAAAGUCUAAAACCAGUUCAGUCGGCAGCAAUUCUGAAAUAGAUUUAACUCCAGCAAGUGCUUCUGUUUCUAUUGGGAUUGUAGAAGAAUAUGAUGCUGAUAAUACUGAAGAGGAACAUAGUGUGUCAGUGGUUUCAAUGACCUCUGUUCCACCUGUGAAAUCAGAAAGUGAUGAUUGUUGCAAGGGCUCCUCAAAAAUGAUAGAUGUCGCAAGUCGGCUAAAACCAGAUGAGAGACCUCAAAGUUCAGUGUCAGCAGGGACAAAUGUCUCAAACAAAUCCAAGAAGUCUAAAUGCACUCAUAGCAACUCUGCCCAACCAAUAUCAGAUACUGAAUGUGGUAUUGAUGAUGAGGUGACAAGCAAUACAUCUGCAACAAAGAACGAUAUGGAAAGUAAAUCUGAUACCAGCAUUAACACUAAUAGUUCAGUGGAGCAGAAAUACUCAACUAAAGAGGAACGGUCAUCCAGUAAAGUCUCCAGUGCUUCUCACUCCAAAGAUAUAAAAUCCUCAUCAGUGUCUGACAGACCAAAAAGCAAUAUGUCCAAUGCAUCAUCUCAUUUGGAAGUAAAAGGACAAAAGAGUAAGAGUAAUUCUAAAAGUAAAAAUGCAAAUAUACAAGCAAAAAGAACAAAUAAUUCAAGCAACAGACCCACUAAAGAAGAUGAGAAAGAGCCAUCAAGGCCUCGAUCAGCAGACCUGUGUGCAACCUCAGAGAACCGACUCAGUCCCAGUCCUCUGAAAUCUCCAAACAGAUCAAAAAAGCCUGUCAUUCUCCUAGGAGGAUCUAAUGAUAGCGUGUUGUCUCAGUCUGUUUCAGCUCCAGAUCUAUUAAAUGAAAAUUCCAACAAUUUGAAUACAGCAGAUGUAUCUGGCAGGACAAAUAUAUCUGAUAGGACCUGUAAUGGCCCACUGGAUGUUACUGAUUAUGGUAGGGAUGUCAGUGACAAAACAAGUGAAAAAAGCAGUAAAUGCAGAAACAGAAAAGGCAGCAGCUCUUCACAACAGAAGGUAAAUGAUGAGAUCUCUGAGUUAGCCCCAUCUAACUUACCCAAUACUUCUCCAACUGAGGUAGUGAAUGAAUGGCUGAAUAAAAUUCCACUGGACAGUGCUUUAUAUGAGGUUGGGGAUGAAUUCAAUGAAAAUUGUAAAGAACUAGAGACAAUAAACAGAUUAGGAGAGCCGACACAAAAUGAAAAAGAGAAUGAAAGUGAAGGAGAUGUUGACGUGGCAGUGCAUGAGCCUCAAAUUGAAAAAGAAGCUCAAAUGGCAACUGAAGAAAUGGAUAAUAAUGACAAAGAAGAGGUGAAAAACAUGACUGACAAAGACCUGAAAAAGAACCAAUCUUGUCCUGAAAAUGAUGAAGUCCCAAAAAGUUUUCAUUCUUCUGUCCAGGUUAUGAGAAUUUUACUGAGUCCCAAACUUGACAGAUGCAACAGUUUACCAGAGGUUUCUACUGUAUAUGGACAAAAACUCAGCACCUCAGCAAGAGGACUUUUAGACUGCCUCGUAAAUCUCCAGUUAAUUCAUUUCGAUCCCAAUGAUGUAAAUGGUAAAGCUGAAAAAUACAAGGACCUCAUGAACAUGCUCCAGACCCUUUGGCUCUGUGACCCAUCGGACAGGGUGACAGUGACGCAGAAAAGUAAAUCCAGUGAGCAGCAAUCUGUGGAUGAUGAACUAAAGGCCAAGUCAUCCUCAGGAGUAGACGUAAGCAGCGGCUCAACUGGCUCUGGGAAAAGCAGUGUAAAUGAUAGCACCCAGGCUCAGAAAUCCCAAACCAAUACAGAAGGUGAGGGCCCUGAGACACUGACAAAGGUACAAGAGGUUGAUGAAAUAGAAACAGAAAUGGCUUUAGAGGUGGUAGAAACAAAAUCUGAUCCAGCAACCCCAGACAUUGCAAGUCGAGUCCAGUGGACCCCUGAGACUGAGGGUACUGUGGAAGAAAGAAUUGAAGAUAAUAACAUUCCAGCCUCAGAUGAUACAAUAAGGAGCAAUGAUAGUCCACGAGAGCCACUUGAAACUCCCCUUUCAUCAAACAAGAGUGCUGGAAAUGAGCAUCAAGAAGAAACAAGUUCAGGCACUCCUCCAUCAGUGCAGAGAGCUCCAUUAACAAAAAGAAUUUCUCAAGAUCCUGAUCCUGUCUGGGUGUUAAAUCUGCUGAAUAAACUAGAAAAGCAGUUCAUGACACAUUAUGUCAAUGCAAUGGCUGAAUUCAAAGUACGCUGGAACUUAGAUGACAAUGAACAGCUCGAUGGCAUGAUAUGUGAAUUAAGGGACGAAGUCCAUAAGAGGAUACAAUCAAGCAUAGACAGAGAACUCAGGAAAAUUCAGGGUCGUGCAGGAAAACCUAAACCACCAAAAGAAGCCAUGUCACGUGAGUCAACUAUUCAAACAGAACAAAGGCGCAGACGUCUGAAAGUAAUGCUCAACCAGUCCAUAGAUCCAGCAGCCAAAAGUGAUGAUGAUUAUACAGCGACAGGGACUGAUUUUAGUGAUCAACGCAGUGAUGAUGAAUACUGCCCAUGUGACACAUGCAUGAAAAAGAAAAUGGGAUCAAAGCCUGUGUUACCUGUGGAGGUUUUAAAUUCUGCUCCAGCAAUGAUGGAAUUUGAUUUAAGAAAAAUUCUGCAGCUGAAAAGAGAACCUCCCACAUGUAACAAAGAACAUAUUACUGAAGAGACUGGAAAUGAUGAGCUAAACAAAGAAGCUGAAGGUCUGCCUGAAAAUGUGAUCACUGAUUGUGCAGAGUCAUAUGAAGUAGUGGACACUGAAACUAAAAAAAUAGACAUAAAUGAAGAAGCAACUGAAUGUGAAAUAGAAAUUGAUAAAUGUACAAUUGAAGCAGAAACUUCAGAAGAAGAGGAAAUCACUGAAGGGGGAUCAGAAGGUGAGGAAACAGUAGAGGCUGAUGAAGCUGAAGUAGCAGAGGAUGUAGAGGAAGUUGAUGAAUUGACAAAAGGAAAAGAGUCUGAAGAAGGUGAAGCAGAGGGAGAAGAGACUGAAGAAGCAGACAAAGUUGAAAUAGGAGAAGAUGAGACUUCAGAACCAAAAAGUGCUGAAUUUCAACCUACAAAAGAAAGUGAAACACUUGAUCAGAUAACAGAUGAGCAUACAGAUGAUGAAACUUUGGAGAAAAAUGAGACACCUGAAGGAGAUUUGGCAGCAGAACAUGAUGGGGAAACAGCAGUUGAAAUCGAUACUGUAGAAACUAUCAAUGCUGAAACAGCAGAUGAUGAAGAGGAAGCUGAGUAUGAAGCGGCAGAGGAAAAAGAGUUUCUGAAAGAAGGAUUAGGGGAAGAAGAGGACACUGUAGAGCCAAAGAAACAGGAUAUUACACAUUGUGAAGAAACAGAUGGAGAUGAGUCAGUUGAAGGAAAAGAAACCACUAAGGAGGAAACAACAGGAGAGGAAACAGUUGAGGGUGGAAUAGUGGAUGAGGAAAAGAUUAGUGAAACUGCAGAAGACAGAGAAGCAACUGAUGAUGAGUUCACAGAAAUAGCAAAAGAUGGAGAGACAGUUAAUGAUGGAGAGACAAAUAAAUUAGAAACAGCAGAAGAAGAAGAAAUGGCUGAUGAAACAGCAGAAGACACACAGACAGAUAAAGCUGAAACAGCAGAAGAGGAAGAAGACAGUCUUUUUGAGGAGACAGCUGAAGUUAAAACACAAGAAGAUGGAGAGACAACUAAUGAUGAAACAGCAGAAGGUGAAGAGGCACCUAAAGCUGAAAUAGCAGAAAACGGAGAGACCAAUAACAUGACAGUAGACAGUGAGACUGCUGAUGAUGGAACAAGUAUGGAUGAAGAGACAGCUAAUAAUGAAACAGCAGAAGAUGAUGAAGAAGCUGAAGUAAGAAGAGUAGAGGAUGGAGAGACAACAGAUGAAGAAACACCCAAAGAUGGAGAGACACCUGAUGGAGAAGUAGCUGAAGAGGAAAAAGCAGAAGAUGGGGAGGAAACACCAGAAGAUGAUGAGACAGAUGAUGAUGAAACAGCACAGGAUGGAAAGACUUCUAAAGCUGAUAUUGCAGAAGAUGAAGAGAGGGCUGAUGAAACAGGAGGAGAUGAAAAGAAUGAUAAUAAUGAAACCGAAGAGGAUGAAGAGACAGCAGAAGAUGGAGAAAUCACAGAUGAUGGAAUAGUAGACAAAGAGACAGGCGAUGAUGAAGCAGCAGAAAAUGAAGACACAAGUGAAGCUAAAACAGCAGACAAUAGAGACACAGUUGAUGAAGGAACAGUUGAAGAUGAAGAGGCUUCAGGAGCUGAAAUUGGAGAGGAUGGAGAGACAGCAGAAAAUGGAGAAGCAGCUGAUGAGGGAACAGCGGAUGACGAGACAGGUCAUGAAGAAGCAGAAGACGAAGAAAUGGGUGGCAAUCAAAUGGCAGAGGAAGAAAGAAAUGAAGCUGAAACCUCCAAAGAUGUAGAAACGGCUCAUGAUGGAAAAGCAGAAGAUGGAGAGACAGCUGUUGACGGAACAGUAGAAGAUGGAGAGACAGCUGAUGAUACAACAGGAGAAGAUGGAGAGACAACUGAUGAUGCAAUAGGAGAAGAUGGAGAGACAGCUGAUGAUGCAACAGGAGAAGAUGGAGAGACAGCUGAUAAUGGAACAGAAGAAGAUGGAGGUGUAGCUGAUGAAGAAACAGCAGAAGAUGGAGAGACAGCUGAUGAUGGAACAGCAGAAGAUGAAGAGCCAGCUGAUGACGAAACAGUAGAAGGUGGGGAGACAGCUGAUGAUGCAACAGGAGAAGAUGGAGGGGCAGCUGAUGAUGGAACAGGAGAAGAUGGAGGGGCAGCUGAUGAUGCAACAGGAGAAGAUGGAGAGACAGCUGAUAAUGGAACAGGAGAAGAUGGAGAGACAGCUGAUGAUGCAACAGGAGAAAAUGGAGAGACAGCUGAUGAUGCAACAGGAGAAGAUGGAGAGACAGCUGAUGAUGCAACAGGAGAAGAUGGAGAGACAGCUGAUGAUGCAACAGGAGAAAAUGGAGAGACAGCUGAUGAUGCAACAGGAGAAGAUGGAGGGGCAGCUGAUGAUGCAACAGGAGAAGAUGGAGGGGCAGCUGAUAAUGGAACAGGAGAAGAUGGAGAGACAGCUGAUGAUGCAACAGGAGAAAAUGGAGAGACAGCUGAUGAUGCAACAGGAGAAGAUGGAGAGACAGCUGAUGAUGCAACAGGAGAAGAUGGAGAGACAGCUGAUGAUGCAACAGGAGAAGAUGGAGAGACAGCUGAUGAUGCAACAGGAGAAAAUGGAGAGACAGCUGAUGAUGCAACAGGAGAAGAUGGAGGGACAGCUGAUGAUGCAACAGAAGAAGAUGGAGGGGCAGCUGAUGAUGCAACAGGAGAAGAUGGAGAAACAGCUGAUGAAGCAACAGGAGAAGAUGGAGGGACAGCUGAUGAUGCAACAGAAGAAGAUGGAGGGGCAGCUGAUGACGCAACAGGAGAAGAUGGAGAGACAGCUGAUGAUGCAACAGGAGAAGAUGGAGAGAGCGCUGAUGAUGCAACAGGAGAAGAUGGAGGGGCAGCUGAUGAUCCUACAGGAGAGGAUGGAGGGGCAGUUGAUGAUGGAACAGGAGAAGAUGGAGAGACAGCUGAUGAUGCAACAGGAGAAGAUGGAGGGGCAGCUGAUGAUGGAACAGGAGAAGAUGGAGGAGCAGCUGAUGAUGCAACAGGAGAAAAUGGAGAGAUAGCUGAUGAUGCAACAGGAGAAGAUGGAGAGACAGCUGAUGAUGCAACAGGAGAAGAUGGAGGAACAGCUGAUGAUGGAAUAGCAGAAGAUGGAGGGGCAGCUGAUGAAGGAACAGCAGAAGAUGAAGAGACAGCUGAUGACAAAACAGUAGAAGGUGGGGAGACAGCUGAUGACGGAACAGCAGAAGAUGGAGAGACAGCUAAUGAUGGAACAACAGAAGAUGGAGAGACAGCUGAUGAUGGAACAACAGAAGAUAGAGGGGCAGCUGAUGAUGGAACAGCAGGAGAUGGAGAGACAGCUGAUGAUGGAACAGCAGAAGAUGGAGGGACAGCUGAUGAUGGAACAACAGAAGAUGGAGAGACAGCUGAUGAUGGAACAGCAGAAGAUGGAGAGACAGCUGAUGAUGGAACAGCAGAAGAUGAAGAGACAGCUGAUGAAGGAACAGCCACACAUGAUAAGACUUCUGAAGAUGAAACAGCAGAAGAUGGAGAAAUAGCUAAAACAGAAACACAAACAUAUGAAGAGACAGCUGAUAAUGAAAGUGUAGAAAAUGAAAAAAAAGCUGGUGACAUGGAGGGAACAGACAAUGGAGAAAUGGAUAAAAGUGACACUUCUGAAGGAGAGGAAGACGCAAGAAAGGAGGCUGGGAUAGCAGGUAAGGAUCAACAUCAAACAGAUGAUCCUGUUGUUAAUUCUAGUAUUGAAAAUACUGAUGUUCAUGAUGAAGUAACUGAAUUAAAAGCAGAUGAUGAAGCUGAUGAUGAUGCACCACUUAAAAAUGAAGGUGAUGUUGUUGUACACAGCAUUGAUGAACAAGCAAGCAUUGAAGAAAGUAAAGAAGAGCACACAGAUAACACAAAAGCAGAAGAAAGCUCAGAGUUGAUGAGUGAUAGUCAAGACAAGGAGCACUCAGGGACAUCAGAAAAAGAUGAUAUGAGAGAUUAUUUAAAUGGCCAUUUAGUAAAUGUUGGUGAAUCUGCUGAAGGAGGAGAUGAAGCUGAGGAUGAAACUGAACCAGAUGUCGAUACAGAUGAAGAAAAGGAAGAAGUGAAGAUGACUGCUGUGCAUCCUCCAGUUUGGUCAGUGCAGGAAGAUGACCAAACUGAUGAAACAACAAUGGCAUCAUUUGAUGCUAUAGUCAAAAUAUCCACAGUCUCUGAAGAUGGAGCUGAGGCUGAUGUUGAAGAUUCAGAAACAGAUGGUCAUUAUAAGUAUGACACUGCUGAAAAUGAUGAUGAAGAUGAUUCUGUCACUAUAGAGAGGAAGCAAGCUAUUGCACACAGUCCAGUGGAAAAGAAAGAGACUGAAAGUCAUGCAAAACUAUCAGAUAUUGCAGAGGAUGCUGCUGAAGAUGAGGAGAAUGAGGAAACAUCAAAACAAGAAGGACUAAUAAAACAUACUGACUGUGGGGAGGAAUCAGCUGAUAAUGGCUUGGCACGGCAAAUGACUAAGUCAUCCAUAGAAUCACAGCCUGGCUCUAUGGAAGAAGUUUUGGAUGAGGAGACGAGAAGCAAGGAAAGUUCAGAUCACCUCACUGUGAAAGGCAACUGUAUGUAUCCCACUAUUACCUCAGAGGAAGACAGCAAAGAAACACAAGAAAAAAGUUAUAGAGAGUCUGUAGAGUUAGAUAGGCACACUGCCACCACUAAGAAAGCUGCUAAAAAAUCAAACAAACUGAAAGGCAUUGAAUAACUUUUUUUAUUAACAGUGGUAAAUGCUGGUUUUAGUUACAAAAGACCGUAUACUCUGUAUUAUGCACUUUAUAUUUAUUAAUAUUAUUGCAAUGGUAUAUGCAGUUCUGCACAGCACAACCUAUGUUGUUAAAGGGAAUAACUGAAACUUGAAAACACUUUUGUGAAAUAAAACAAAAUUUUUUCCUUGUUAAAUAACAAAUAGAUAACACACAGUUUUUUUUUGUACUGAGAUGCAGGAAGUUAUUCUCAAUAUAUUAUACUGUACUGGAGCCUUAGCCUUUGUAUACUGUUUAGACAAUGGGAGGAUA